AUUCAUUGGUAGAAAUGAUAAGAAAAACCAGGUGAAAUCGGCAAUAUAUGUACAAGUAUACAUACAUUGUCACCAGUUGCCGUUUCGUCGAAAAUAUUAAGAAAUGGAAUUGAACUAUUACGCAUUUCCUUGGUUCUUUUUGGGGAUCAUUUUACUUGCGCAAGUGGUGCACACUGAAGCACUUCAUACUGAUGAAAAUGAAGAAUUUUCCGAAUUUCGAAAACGUUUAGAAGACCUGACAAGUACUGUUCAUUUACAAAGCAAGUACAUUGGCAUUCUCCAAAGGACUGUCCAACAACAAGGUCGAUUGUUACGACGCAUGGGGCUAAAGGAUGAAAGUAAUUACAAAUCAUACAAAGUCUUUGAUAACGAGACCGCAAAGCAAACAGUUUUCUCGAAAUCGAAUGGGAACCAUUUCAGGACAAGCAGGUCAGCAGCUCUAACCGAAGACCGCAAAUCAAAGGCUGAUGGAAAUACUACGGGUAUCUUUCGAAAGGAACGACUCCUCUAUCAGCCAACACCAUCUACACAGACAGAUGAAAACGUCAUAGCCUUUUAUGCGUAUCUUUCCACUGAUGUCAAUUCUCUCGGAUUAUCGGAAACUUUGAAAUAUGACGUAGUGAAAACCAACCAAGGCAAUAGCUAUCAUUCAAGUUCUGGCGUCUUCGUGGCUCCGGAAUCCGGUUACUAUGUUUUUACUUGGACAGUCCGAUCUUACCACUAUGGAGACUCAACGGCGGAAAGUUUUUCUACGGAAUUGGUCAUUGAUGGUACUAUUUAUGGAAGUGCAUUCUUGCGCGCUCACCUUGAAGACGAUAAUCAGUCAACUGGAACUGUCGUUGCAUAUAUCAACAAAGGUCAAGAUGUGUAUGUGAGAACCCAUUCAAGCUACGCUGUGCAAGGAAGUAUUCGAAGUAACACGCACGGCAGGUCUUGUUUCUCAGGAUGGAAAAUUAACUAAUCUUUCAUACGGUAUUCCUUUUCUAUUGUACAACGAAAUAAAAUCGUUCAAUACAACAAA